AAGCAGAAACCGUCCGACUUAGCGAGGAAGAGUGUUUUUAAUAUGUUUGCUAUUGUGAUCUGCGCAGUAAUUGAAAAAGCAUCCAUAGCUCUUAGACGCCAUUAACGUUAUUAAAAUCAGUGAACUGACUCUUUGAAUUCAAACUUUAAUAAUCCAAGAUUAAAAUAGCUUAGUGUCAAUUAAAAACACUUUUUUUGGCCACAACUACUCUCUCGCUUUCCUGUCCCUGUAAAAGAUAGGCAUUUCAGCAAUAUCAGCUGAUGAACAACAGUCCUAAGUUAACAAAGCCCACUCAUUUAGCUAGCAACCAUUCCUCAAAAAGGGCCGCAAACCUUUUGCAAAACUUCUUUCACAGAAGAACAGACAAAAUAUACAAAAAAAUGAGCAAUACUUACUUAUUCUAUUCGCUAUUCGUUUUUGGCACAUGUUUCGUGUGUUUUGGCUCGACAUACAGUCAAUCGUUCGACUGGACUGAGCCCGACACUCGACUCUUAUCUUCCGGCAGUUCGCAUGCAGUCAACUUCUUGAAAUGGAAACGACUCGAGUCGCUGAUUGCGGACCAGGUCAAGAGGGCAAACAUGGCUCCUGUAGACUCACAACCAGUAGCAGACUAUCAAUGGAUAGAUAGUUCCUAUGAUUCAGACACACCAAAGGAGCUCAUUUCACACAAAAGCAAAAGAUGUUCAAGAGGUGCACGAUGCAAUUGGAAGGACAUGUGGUGAAUAAACGAACAUAUCAACCAAUGAAACUGGGCCGGAUUGAGAACAAGUUCAUUGACUUUUUUGAGUAGCUUGAUAUAAUACAUCAUACUAAGUCAUUUAUGGAACUCAUUUCAUUUGUUUGAAAUAUUACAUCACACCAAGUCAAUUAUAUUAUGGAAAUCAA